AUGGUUCAUCACAUGUUCCUCUCGUCAGCCAACCGUGCUGUGCCCCACCCCUCCCUUGUCCACUGCAAUCCAUCUGGUGUUGUUGUGCAACUCAUCAACCCUGUGGAUUCCGUUCUACCCCAGGAGGCCAAGAAGACGAUGGCCCAAAAUGGCGACGAUGCAUCCAAGGCAUCGCCGUCAGGCCGCGCUCGGCAUCAGAUCUCGCGGUCUCUCUCCGAGAUCUCAUCGCCCAUUCGCCUGAGUCGGCAACAGUCCCAUCGUACAGGCAAGGAUCAGAAUAGCGAACGAGAAACAAAUGCCUCUAUUCCACAGCAGACAGUACCAGCAACUCACAACCACCUCGUACUUGAGAAACCUGUUUCCGAAGGAGUUGCCCCGAGCCUCACCCUAAACUCCAACCAGCACGAGAGCAUCCUCUACACUUCAAUAAACGAGAAUAUGCCGAUCAUAAAGCUCUCCAAAGAAAAUGGGCAGCCUAAAGAGCCCGCGAAAGAGCCUGUGCAAGUAGUGAAGGAACCAGCCCGGGUCAGGGACAAAGAUCGCGUCCACACAUUACAGAAUGCAGCUGCUCGAGAGAGGGCUCUUCGACAGUCUGUCUCCGAACUUGAGACUUUCGCAAACUCAUCCGCAAAACAGCUGGAAGAUGCAUACUACUCUGUUCUCGAGAAGCUCAACCAACUACAGAGCACGAUCUCGGCACUCAAAGAGCUCUCUGACCAUACACGGCAGCUCAACAGCAAUUUCAAGACAGAAACCGAUGAAAUGGUGGGAGACAUCAGCACCCAACUCGACGCGUUCGGGCAGUUCGAAGACCAGCAGAAGCGCAUCGCGGCACUGCAGGGCCGCAUUUACAAAGGCAAGGAAAUGAUUCGGUCGCUGAGCCAGCGGGUCGACGCCGUCAGUCAGCGCAUCGACAGGUGGCAGCGCGCAGACAAGGCAUGGCAGGAGAGGACGCGGAAGCGGCUGACGAUUGGCUGGGCCAUCACGUCAGUUGUGACCUUUGUCCUUAUUGCGCUAUUCGUGACUGGGCAGUACGGACCCGAGGGUACGGGUGUGGAGAAUGCGUUGUCCACGCAUCUUGUGGGCGAUGGCUCGGAUGCCAUUGCGCCUGCUGGUAGUGGGGGCAGCGGGUUGGAUGGCAGUGAAGAUGGAGCUAGCGUUGAAAUGGAUGCUACACUUUGGAAUCCUCCAGAGGCUCAGCCUCUGAGCUCGUCCCAGAUCAACAGCACGGCGGUUUACGAGACCCCUUUGUUGAUGGACGAUAUGCUAAGGGCUUUUAAUGAGCUUUAA